AUGGCCGCCAUGCUCGAGUUCCGCACCCAAGGGUUCAAUCCCUAUGCGGUCAAGUACUCGCCCUACCACGACUCCCGAAUCGCCGUCGGAACAGCCGCCAACUUUGGCAUCGUCGGAAACGGCAGGCUGUUCGCCCUGGCGCUGACGGCGCAGGGCAUCCAAGUUGAGAAAACAUUCGAUACAAACGAUGCGAUAUACGACCUUGCCUGGUCCGAGAUCAACGAGAACCAGCUCGUGGUUGCUUGCGGCGACGGAUCUCUCAAGCUCUUCGACAUUGGCAUGAAGGAGUUUCCCAUUAUGAUCUUCCACGAGCACAAUCGCGAAGCUUUUGCCGCUGCUUGGAACCCCAUUACCAAAGAUACCUUCAUCUCCAGCUCAUGGGACGGGACCGUCAAGAUUUGGUCACCUACCCGUCCCUUCUCCAUCAAGACCCUGCCCAUCGCGGCCUCUUCCGACUCUCACCUCCGAAUAUUCGACCUGCGAAUGCCCUCGUCCGCCAAAUACCACCUCGCCGCGACCGUUCCCGUUCAUGCACCCCCAAGCCAUCCCGGCGCCAUGCCUGCCGGUGGCCCGCCCUCCGAAAUCCUCACGCACGACUGGAACAAGUACCGAGACACCGUCAUCGCCACCGGCGGAGUCGACCGGCUGAUCCGAACCUUUGACAUCCGCAAUCCUAACGGCGGGCCGCUCUCCGUCAUGCAUGGCCACGAGUACGCCGUGCGGAGGCUAUCAUGGAGCCCCCACGCGAGCGACGUUUUGAUCAGCGCCAGCUACGACAUGACCGUGCGGCUGUGGAACGACGCUUCGAAUCAGCCCCAGGGACCUGUCCCUACGGCCCAGCCCGGCGCGCAAAUGGGCAUCAUGAACAGGCAUACGGAGUUUGUCACGGGCGUCGACUGGUGUUUGUUUGGCGCUGGCGGCUGGGUGGCUUCUGCUGGUUGGGAUGAGAGAGUUCUGCUGUGGGAUGCUAACCUUUUGAUGCACCCGCGGUGA